GGCGCAGAGAGAGAACGGAAGAGAAAGGGGAGAGCGAGGACUGGAGCAGCAGCGACACACAAAAGAGAAGAUAAGAAGAAGAAAGAGGAGAAGGCGUAAGAUCUCUCAGAAUUCUUAUAACAAACACUUCUGGCGAAGGAGGAUCUUCUUUCUACAACCCAAUAAAUCCACCUGCGAAUUUCGGUGGCCGUGAAUCUCUUUACCGGCGAUUAUGGUUCGUUUUCUUCCUCAUGAAAGAUGAGGUGAAACUUGUGGUUGUGGUUGAUUCGGUGGUGUUUGAGAACCAAGGCGUCGAAUGGAUAGAAACAGAGAAGCAAGGAGAACAACUAUGGCUGCGAAUGGUUUGUCCAGAAGAAGGCAUAGAAGUAACAGUCUUAGAGACUCUCCAGAGGAAGACGGACCGAUGGAGCUUCAGGAGCCGUCCAGGCUACGAGAUCGAGGGAGUGGGAAAAAGGAUCGAGAUCGUGAAAGGGACCGAGACAGAGACAGGGAACGCGACAGAGAUCGAUCGAGUCGCAGCAAGAGGAGGAGAGGGGAUAGGUUGAUGCACAGCAACAAUAGAGAAGACGGUGGGGAUGAUAGCUCAGAGGAGAGUGUUAACGAUGACGAAGAAGACGAGGACGAUGAUGUUGGCGGUGGUUCAGUGAGAAUGCUUCCGCUCAAUCCAUCGCCGUUGUCAUCGUCGUCCAUAUCGAACCAUCGGAAGAGCUUUCCUCCGGCGAAAGAUUUUAGAGCACCGCCGUGGAAGGCCGCCGACGAGAUGAUUGGGGUGUCGGUUCCGAGGAAGGCACGGUCAGCGUCCACGAAGAGAUUGCAUGAAUGUUGGGCUUUGAAUGGUGGAAUAAUUGGAGAGCAAUUUUAUCGGCAAGCUUCAACUUCUCCGGUGAGAACAAGGGAAGCAGCAAUGGGGAUGGGGCCUUCUCCGUCUCCGGCUUCGCCAUCUUCAUCUAAUGCUUCGGGACGGAAGAAGAUAAAGCCCAGUGGACCCAAGCUUCGACCCCCAAAGUCCUCAUCUAAAUCUUCUUCAGCUCAAGAUGACAUCGAAAUAGAGAUAGCCGAAGUUUUGUACGGCAUGAUGAGACAGCCUCAAGGGAUUUCCAAGCAAGAAACGACGGCGAACGAUUUAUUGAAGUGCGAUUCCAAAGACAUGAAUAAAUCUUGCGGCGAUGGCAAGUUUUGGGUAUCCUCACCGAUCUCAAACUCACAAUCCGCACCGUCUAUAUCAUCAUCGGUUCCUCCCCAAAAUUCUCGCACUUCUAUCACUAUCUUAUCCACUGUUGCAGCACCUAAGAGGAAAAGGCCGCGUCAUUUCAAGUAUGAGGACGAGAAUCCGACGAAUUUUACCGCCCGUAAUAGCAGCCCCAUGCCAUCAACAACGAAGGCCGAAACUGACCAGCCUUUAAAAGCCGAAACUUGUUCGCUUGAUAAAAUCGCGGGAUCUACAUCUGAAAGCGCUGGUGUAUCAUUCGACUUGGCCAAUUCUGAAGUGGUUCCGGCUUCAUCGGAGCCUCAACCGGAGCCAAUUAAGUUUGAAAGCAACAUUCCUUCGGAUUCUAAGCCGCUGACAGAAGAAUUGGAGAGGCAGGAUGCGGGAUUGAGUAAGGAAGAGCCUGAGUCUCCCAAUAAUGAAUCUACUGUGCCAAAGUUAGAUGACGACCGUGAUGAUGUGAAAGCGACUAAAGCGAAUCCAAUCAUGUCCGGAAGUGGGAACCUGCAAGAAGAGAAGUUGAAGAUAGAUUUGAUGGCCCCACCUCCUUCAUCGAGAUCCUCUCCAGAAAGGGACGUGGACAUUAAUGCUGGAAAUCCUAAGCCUUUGGCGGCAGACGCUGAACUGGAUGCCAAGGCAGUGGGGGUAAAAGCUGAUGAUAGAUCACUGAAAAUGGACAAGGAUGAUGGCGUGGCUGAGGAAACUGAGAAGCAUAGAGCGGUUGCAGAAGAUGCUGAUACGCGUAAACCCGCUACCAUUCAAAAGAAUACGAGCAUGAGCCUACAACUUGAUAUGGAGAAGGUUGACAAAGAUAUUGGAAAUGUCAAUAUGGUUGGGAAGAGGCAGCAGCAACAUGUACAGAAGCAGCAGCAGCAGCAGCAGCCGAACGUAGAGAUAGCUGUUCAAUCCAGCUCUGUUCCUCUACCAUUGUCUGUUCCGAGUUGGCCUGGCGGGCUUCCUCCCAUGGGAUAUAUGACGCCUCUUCAAGGAGUUGUAUCCAAGGAUGGGACUACCGUAUCUUCUGCAGCGAUACCCCCACCUCAUCUGCUUUUUAAUCAGCCUCGGCCAAAAAGAUGUGCAACCCAUUGCGAGAUUGCUCGUACUAUAUCGUAUCACCAGCAAAUUUCAAGGAUGAGUCCAUUUUGGCCAGCAGCAGCAGGUUCUGCAUCGUUAUAUGGGACUAAGCCCUGCAAUCUCAAUGUUGCGUCAUCUACUGAGUUACAGGGCAGUGUUGUUAGCAGGGCUCCAAACUCUGCACAGGACAAAGGGCACAGUCUUGCCAUGUUUCCAGGUCCCAUUGGAAAGGAAAAAGGCUCUCAGGGUGUCAGCAUGGAGAGUGCACAGAGAAAGCAAGCGUUGCUUCAGCAAGCUCUGCCAGCAGGAGCACCGAGUAAUAUCCUGCAUGGUCCUGCUUUCAUCUUCCCACUGAACCAGCACCCGGCUGCUGCUGCUGCUGCAUCUAUUCGACCUGGAUCUAUUAAGUCUUUGACUCCGACUGGCAAUGUAGUAUCCUCAUCUGGCACAUCUAACGCAGUCCCUGCAACUGUUGCUGCUACUGGGGGUGCCACUGCUCCAACAAUGAGUUUCAGCUACCCAAAUAUGCCUGGCAAUGAAACUCAGUACUUGGCUAUUUUGCAGAAUAAUUACCCAUUUACAAUACCGGCACAUGUUGGUGGUUCCCCUGCAUACCGAGGAACACAUGCGCAGGCUUUGCCGUUCUUCAAUGGAUCUUUCUACCCUUCUCAAAUGAUCCAUCCUUCACAGCUUCAGCAGCAGCAACUUCCUUCUCAAUCACAGCAGAAUCAACAGGGGCAUCAAAAUGCUAGUAUGUCUAGUGGAUCCUCUUCUUCGCAAAAGCACUUGCAAAAUCAGCAACAAAAGGCCAAUGCUAGUGGCUCAAAUGGUGGCGUCGGCUUGCAGGGUUUUCCCGCCUCCUCUAAUAAUCAGCCAUCACAGUCACUACAGCAGCAGCAGAGGCAGCAUUUAUCUAACCACCAUGCUUCUCAUCCAUCACGACUUGAAUCUGAGAUGUGUGGUGAAGAUAGCCCUUCUACUGCAGAUAGUCGGUUGUCUCGUGCUACUAUGAGCUUAUAUGGCCACAAUUUUGCAAUGCCAAUGCAGCCACCUAACUUUGCCAUGAUGACGCCUGCAACAAUUGGGGGUGUUGGUGCUGCUACUGUUGCUAAUGGUAGUCACAGUGAAAAGAAGCAGCAGCAGCAUAUUGGUGCUAAGGCUGGAAUUGAAGCUUCUCAGGCAUUUGCCAUGUCAUUUGCAUCUGUCAAUGGUGCAGCUGCUGCCACUGGCCUUGACCUCUCAUCAAUACCCCAGAAUCAUCCAAUUUUACAGAGUCAUAACUUUCAAAUAGUGGCAGCUCAAGCUGCUCAGCAGAAGAAAAAUUAUCGUGUAUCUGAAGAGGGGAAAACAGGUGAUUCUUCAAACCCAGAUGAUGACAGAAAAGCAGUAGGUAAAGUUCCUGCAACCAUGGGGCAAUCCAUUGCCUUCUCAAGGCAGGAUGCGUCUGAUCCCUCUAUAUCUGCAAUAACUGGUAACACUGUUCUUGAUAGCUCUGCUAGGACUUUGAACCUUGGUUCUGCUCCAUCCCGGUCUACAGCUUCUGUAAUGCCCGCUGGUAUCAGCACCAGUGCUGUCACUUCCCAGCAGCAGCUGCAACGAAGCCAGCAACAACAGCCACAAAUAAUUCAGAUUCAAAAGCAUCAGCAAUUUGUAGCUGCUGCUGCAGCUCGAAGUAAGACGCCAUCCACAAGCAACGGCAAUGUCUACUCUGAUCACCUUCCGGCAGCAUCUUCAGUAGCUACGAAGUUUACUAAUUCUGUGUCUGCGUAUCAUCAAAACCUCUCACAAAGCGGCAGCACUGCUGCUCAGUCACCUCAGUGGAAGAAUUCUGUGAGGCCAACUGCUUCGCAGGCUCUUCCAUCUAUGACACCAACACCCUCGGCGUCUGUCAAAACUGUUCCUCAGCAGCAGGCUCGAUCUCAGCAAGCUCACACACAGAUAUCUUUUGCGGUGAAUGCAAAAUCAUCCACUGCAACCCAGGGGCAACCUUCGGGUUCCAACCAUUCUUCAUCUCCUCCAGUUAUGGUCGCUUCACCUACGACUUCCUCGAUGUCCAAAAGUGCUGGUAGCCCAAGGACAACAUCAACAUCAACCGUCAAUAAGGUUGGACAGGCCUCUUCCUUAUCAACUCAGCAAACCAAGAAUUCACAGGCUGUGCCAAGUCGGAAGUCCUCACCUGCUGGUGGGAGGAAUAUACCAUCCAACCUCAGUGGCCCUCAGCUGACUUCGUCGUCCAGUUCUGGGAUGAAACCUCAGUUGCCACAACAGCAACAGUCUCAGCAAAUAUCUAAGCAAACAUCACCGCAGUCACAGCUGUUCUUCUCCAAUGCUUAUGUGCAUCCUCAAGGAUCACAGUCAAGUAGUUCUACCUCUACAACUUCAGCUGCAAGUGGCUACUACCUUCAACGGCGUGGCCUUGAUCCUCAUAUGCAGCGGCAAAGCCCUUCGGGCUCUACUUCAAGUAGCAUGUUGUCCUUAUGUCCUGCUGUUACAAUUAUUAAUACCAGCUCUGCCGAUUCUUCCAAGGUUGCUGUUAAUACUGCAAACAAUAUGAAAGGUGGUGGCUUACCAACCCAUGGUUUCUUGCAUCCUGCCCACUUUGCUGCAGCACAAUCAGCAGGCAACCACCAUCAGCUUGUUCACAGCAGCUUCUCUUACGCUGUACCUGCUGCAGUUCAAGUGAAGCCAGCAGAACAGAAACAACCUGCAGGCGAGUAAAAUGGUAGCUCUUUGUUGUUUACGGAGCAAACAUUGUGCAUACAGCAAACAAGGAGGAAAACCUAUCUGAAUAAAGUGAUGAAUUGGAGGAAGGUUCCUGCCGAGAAAGAUGAAUCCUUUCAAUGGAGGCAGAAGUUUUCUUGCUAUUUUGCCCUUGGGCGUUCAGGGAUGGAAGGGCAAACCCAGCAAAGCACGGCCAGAAGAUUCAAAUGGCAGUGGGGAAGGGAUUUCUCAAAUUUUGGAUGGAAAGUAAGAAAUUUAUGGGAUGUGUCUGAAGUGUGUAGUAAUCUUUGUACACUUGUGUUCAUAAUCUGACCAAGUUGAUCUUGAAGUCGGAUCAAAAUUCAAUUUGUUCUUUAGAGGUGGUUGAUGGUGGGGGAGGUUGCUUUGGACGCAUUCUUUUGGCAGCUUACUAGAGGAUGAAAAAUGAUGGAGGAAAGGAAGGGCAAGAACCACCUUUCCUUCUUCUGGGGACUUGAUGGAAGUCUUCCUACGUUUUCCUUCUCCUCUUACUUGUCCUCUUUAUUUUGUCAUUAUUAUUAAUUAUUAUUUGUCUCGUAGACUAGAAAGAGGAACAGUAAACAUCUUUCAAUAUAUCUGCAAGGAGGAGCAGGAAAAUAUGUAUCAGAUUAGCUCAAUACAAUAGAAUUCCACAAUUUUUAGUUCUGUCUCUUAA